GCGACCCGCGACGUCGCGACGCGCCAGCAAUGGCGACUGUGUCAUCCUGAGCGGGCCUCGGGUUUCCAAAGUGGUUUCCAAACGUUGACGCGGGAGCCGCAGCUGCCUCAGACCCGAUCGGCGGCGGCGGCGCGCCUGCGCGCUCCCUUGGGCUGAGUGUGGCCAGCCUCCUUUUCUCUGUUCCCCUCCAGCAUCAGCUCGGCCUCUUCACUCGACUGGACCUUGCCUCUAGGCUAAGUGGCCAACAUGAGCGGCAACAACUUGGAUGCGAACGACGAGUUUGAUGAGCAGUUGCGAAUGCAAGAAUUGUACGGAGACACCAAGGACGACGACACCGAGAAAGAUCCCGGUGCAGAAACCGAUUCUUUCGGACAGCAGCCGACUGACACCCCGUACGAGUGGGACCUCGACAAGAAGGCUUGGUUCCCCAAGAUCACUGAAGAUUUCAUUGCUACAUAUCAGGCCAAUUAUGGCUUUUCUAACGAUGGUGCAUCUAGUUCUACGGCAAGUGUCCAAGAUGUCAGUGCUAGGACUGCAGAAGAACCUCCGCAAAGACAACCCCCCGAACUCAGUGAUCCGAAAAAGAAGGGAGAAAAGAGAAAGGCUGAAUCAGGAUGGUUUCAUGUUGAAGAAGACAGAAAUACAAAUGUUUAUGUGUCUGGUUUGCCUCCAGAUAUUACAGUGGAUGAAUUUAUACAGCUCAUGUCAAAGUUUGGCAUUAUUAUGAGAGAUCCUCAAACAGAAGAAUUUAAGGUCAAGCUUUACAAAGAUAAUCAAGGAAAUCUUAAAGGAGAUGGACUUUGCUGUUAUUUGAAGAGAGAAUCUGUGGAUCUGGCGUUAAAACUUUUGGAUGAUGAUGAAAUUAGAGGCUACAAGUUACACGUGGAGGUGGCAAAAUUUCAGUUGAAGGGAGAAUAUGAUGCCUCAAAGAAGAAGAAGAAGUGCAAAGACUACAAGAAAAAGCUGUCUAUGCAACAAAAGCAGUUGGAUUGGAGACCUGAGAGACGAGCUGGCCCAUCCCGAAUGCGCCAUGAGCGAGUUGUCAUCAUCAAAAACAUGUUUCAUCCAAUGGAUUUUGAGGAUGAUCCACUGGUGUUGAAUGAAAUCAGAGAAGACCUUCGAGUAGAGUGUUCAAAGUUUGGACAAAUUAGGAAGCUCCUUCUCUUUGAUAGACACCCCGAUGGUGUGGCCUCUGUGUCCUUUAGGGAUCCAGAGGAAGCUGAUUAUUGUAUUCAAACCCUCAAUGGAAGGUGGUUUGGUGGGCGUCAAAUCACUGCCCAAGCGUGGGAUGGAACUACAGAUUAUCAGGUGGAGGAGACCACAAGAGAAAGGGAGGAAAGGCUGAGAGGAUGGGAGGCUUUCCUCAACGCUCCUGAGGCCAACAGAGGCCUGCAGCGUUCAAAUUCCAUCCGUGCUCCAGAAAGGGCAGGGCCUUCUAGAGUUAGGCAUUUUUCUGAGCACCCUGGCACAUCUCAAACAAAUGUUCAAGCAGCCGCAACUGAAAUGGCAUUUGAAGAACCUAUAGAUGAAAAGAAGUUUGAAAAAAUGGAAGAUGGGGGAGAAGUUGAAGAAGCUGCUUCUGAGAAAGAUGCUCAAGAAGGUGGCCCUGAAAAAGAAGCUGAAGGUCCCCAAGAAGAAUCUGAAGAGAGCUGCCUUGAAAGAGAGUCUAAGGAAGGCUGUCCCAAGAGAGAGCGUGAAGAAGACUUCCCCGAGAGAGAGUCUGGAGAAGGCAGCCCUGAGAAAGAGCGUGAAGAGGGUAAUCCUAACAAAGAGUCAAAAGAGACUGUCCCUGAAAGAGAAUCCAAAAAGAAGAAACUCAAAACAGAUCCUGACAAGAACGGCCGUGAGAAGGAGUCUGAAGAAGAAGGCCCAGGCAAGGAGUCUGAGGGGGAGGCCAGCCCCCAAAAGGUGGCUUCUGAAGAUGACGACUCAGAACAAGAGUCUGAAGACUGCUCGGAAAAGCAGUUUGAAGAUGGCUCUGAAAAAGAGUUAGAAGAAAAUGGCCUUGAGAAAGGCUUUGAGGAAGAUGCCUCCGACAAGGAAUUUAAUGAAAACAUUCCGGAAAAAGAGUUAGAAGAAAAUGAGUCUGAAAAAUCAGAAUUCGAAGACGACAGCUCUGAAAAAGUGUUUGAUGAAGAAGGCUCUGAGAAAGAGUUUGACGAAGAGUCAGAUGAAAAGGAAGAAGAGGAAGAUGCAUAUGAAAAGGUAUUUGAUGAUGAGUCGGAUGAGAAAGAGGACGAAGAAGAUGCAGAAGAAAAGGAACUUGAAGAUGCUGAUGAAAAGGACGAAGAAGAUGAUGCAGAUGAAAAGGUAUUUGAAGAUUCGGACGGAAAAGAAGAUGAAGAAGAUGGAGAUGUAAAGGAAGAUGAAGACAUAGAUGAAAAGGUGUUUGAAGAUGAUGAUUCCAAUGAGAAGUUGUUUGAUGACGAUUCCAGUGACAAAUUGUUUGAAGAUUCUGAUGAGAGAGGGACUGUGGGUGGUUUAGGGAAUGUUAAGGAGGAAGGGCCCUCGUCCACUGGCAGCAGCUUUGUUCUCAGUAGUGAUGAUGAUGAUGAUGAUGACGACACUAUUUAAUCCCUUAAACUUGCUUUUUAGGGAGAUUCCAUCUCCAUUUUGCCUCUGCUGCAGGGUAAUUACUCGUAGCGUUACAUGAGCGUGUGCAUAGAUGUAGGAUGCCAUCUGAUUAAUGCAGUGAAGUGUUCAUGGUUACCUGUACCUAAUGGUUUUAAAUAUGUGUUCAUUGGCUGUUCAGUUCAAACUCCAUAGCAUAAUGCAAGUUAACUUGCUCCUCGUCCUUUGUCAGAUUUGUUAAGUGCAUGCAAAAUAAUAUUUUUUAAAGUAUUCUGAUUGAAGUUUGUGACAUUCAGAAAUAAAGAAUGUUGUUGAUAUGCAGAAAUGGAAAAUUGUACUUGAGUUAAAUUGCAUUUUUAAUUCUUGCUCUUGCUUUUUUCAUACUAACGUUUGGUUUUUUUUAAGGACUUGAAAAAUCCCUGUAGGUGUCUCCUUGCUUCCACUUUAUGAUGUUACCACUGAUAUCCCCAUUUCCCCUCUCUAAACCAGAACAUGUUACUAAAACUUAUGAGGUAAAGAACUCUUCAGAGUUUUUCACUGCCCAGUCCUCACAAGUUACUUUUUUCUACCCUCUUCCCAUGAAAAUUGACUCUUAAAUGUGCAAAGGUGAACUUCCCAAAGUCCGCAGCUUCCAUUAUUGAAAAAAAUGGAGGAGAUUAGAAUUCUACCAUUUACUGUUUGGAUACCUCUAGAAGUUGAUUCAAGUUACAGGACCUUUCCCCAGAAAAAUCUGUGCAUACACUACACAACCUUUUGUAUCCAGUUUGGGGCAGUUCGUGUGCAUCUCCUGGAGUUUAAGAACUUUUCUCACGCAUAUUUCAGAUUUUUGUUUUUGGUUUUGUUCUAGAAUCGUGGUACCUAGUACUAUGGAAAUUGUGUAGUUCCAAUAAAAAUGUGGCUCUUUUCUUGAUUGCGCUUUCCAAAUUCAGUAUUUAUGACUGACUUCUGAUGUUACACUUAAGAAGUUAUUCUCAUAAAUUAGAAUUAAAAUAAACUGCAUUGGUGCAUUUUCAUUA